GGAGCGACGCUAACGGGACUCGAACGUUUCUCUCAAUGAAUUAACGAUGUGAACAGUUUGUUUUCAUUAAAUAUCAAAUGUCUUUAACUCGUUUGGAUCGGAACCGAGGCUGUACCGGUGCUAAGCUAGGUAGCUAGCUGUUAGUGCACGUGAAGGAACAGCUGAUUUAAAACCUCACAUGUCACCGACUCCUCUGAGGAGGUGCUGUCCACUGUCUCCUCCGAGGAGGUGCUGUCCACUGUCUCCUCUGAGGGGGUGCUGUCCACUGUCUCCUCUGAGGGGGUGCUGUCCACUGACUCCUCUGAGGGGGUGCUGUCCUCUGUCUCCUCCGAGGAGGUGCUGUCCACUGUCUCCUCUGAGGAGGUGCUGUCCACUGUCCACUCCGUGUGAGAGGACAGUGUGAACCUCCAUCAUGCCUGUCCUGUUCCUGGAGCGGGUCCCGUGGCCCAGUCUGCAGACCUACACGGCGCUGAGUGCUGCCUUGCUCACCGGCACCGUCCUCUCCGUCUGCUCCUCCGGCUCCUUCCCUCAGUCCAGCCCGGAGGAGGAGAGCCGCCCCCCGGGACUCAGCUCCGGGGUCAACCGCUUCCUCAGGGCCGGGGGACAGGGGCUGGGCUCCGGCUUUGGAGACAUGGCUGCAGAGGUGCUGAUGUCCCUGUGGACAGACAGCGUCCUGGUCUGGGUGGUGGUGAACUCGUCCUGCUGUGUCCUGCUGCUCGUUGGCACUCAGUGGCUUGUCUUCGGUUCCCUGCGUGUCAGUGAGGAACAGCAACUGAAGGACAAGUUCUGGACCUUCAUCUUCUACAAGCUCGUCUUCGUGUUCGGCGUCCUGAGCGUCCAGACGGUGGACGAGGUGCUGCUGUGGUGGUUCUGGUUCUCGGCCCUGCUCUUCCUCCAGCUCCUGGUGCAGCUCUGCAGGGACCGACUUGAAUAUCUGUCCCUGUCUCCAGCCGUCCCCCUGUCCUCCCGGGUGCUGCUGCUGCUCGUGCUGCUCAUGCUCGGCUGCUCGGGUCUGGCCUCGCUCUGCAGCCGGCUGGCUCGAGGUCGGGGGGGACACGUCGCUGGCUUCAUGGCUGCGGAGUGCAUGAUGGAGACGGUCAGGACGGCACACGUCAUGUUUCGCUCCUCAAUCCACCUGUGGGACGUGAACCAGGAGAAGAAGUCCUCCUCCGUGUACUACACCGACCUGCUGGUGGAGCUGCUCCUACUGGGCCUGGACCUGCUGCAUCACAUCCACAUGCUGAUCUUCAGUAACAUCUGGUUGUCUCUGGCGAGUCUGGUCAUCUUCAUGCAGCUCUGCUCCAUCGCUCAGGAGCUUCAGAGGAGAAUCCACCGCCACCUCACCUUCCUGCUGCUGCUGCACAACAUGGAGACCAGGUUUCCUGUGGCGUCUUCAGAUGAACUGGUGGACGGUGGUGAGGACUGUGUGAUCUGCUGGGACGUGAUGCGUUCAGCUCGGACGCUGCCCUGCGGUCACGUCUUCCACAGCUCAUGUCUCCGCUCGUGGCUGGAGCAGGACACAUCCUGUCCAACCUGUCGGAUGUCCCUGGACAUCGGUGGAGGAGGAGGAGUUCCUGUGGAGACCAGAGAGGCCGUCCCAGACAACAUGGCUGCUGCUCGGCCGCACCUCAACCAGAUCAACCACUUCUUUCACUUUGACGGGUCUCGUGUCGCCCGCUGGUUCUCUGUGGAGCUCAUGGCCACAACCAACUUCCUGCUGGGCAUCGCACCGACAACCCCGUCUCAGAUCAACGCCAUGGGUCAGCCUAUCCAGGAGAUGUUCCCUCAUGUUCCCGACCUGGAGGUCACUGGAUCCCUGGAGGUCAACACAGACCACAUCCUGGAGGGACGAGUCCAGAACGCCGUCCUGCCGCUGGUUGUGGAGCACCCGCUCAUCCACGUGACUCCUCCCCCUGAGGACGACAAGCGUGAGAGCCUGGAGGACGAGGACGAGGACGAGGAAGAGGAAGAGGAGGAUGAGGAUGAGGCGGCGGAGACACAGAUUCCAGAGGAGGACGUGAAGGAUCAGGAGAAGAAGGAGUUACGGUUUUGUCCAUCAGCUGAGGAGCGACAGAAGCUGCUGUAG